CAAAAUGUCAAACAGAAAAAAAAAUUCAUUUAGAUGUUUUGCAAUAUUUCAAAUAGGAUUUGGUGGAAAUGAUGGCUAAUUUAUAUUAACCCACAAAAGAGGUUGUAAAAAAACUUUCAAUGCUUAAAAAUAAAACUUAUCUGAUGAAAUUAAUAAACAUUUUAAUCGUCAAGAGUCUUAAAAAGGCUAAGAGAAUAAUGAGUUUUAAUAUUAAGAUUGGAUUGGAAUAAAGGAUCAAAAAAGUUUUCAAGAAUGUAAUUUAACUUAUUAUAUCUAGUAAACUAUUGGCUUUUUCUUUGCCAUCCAAAUGCAAAGAAAGAAAAGGCAACAGAAUGUUUAAAGAGAUUCUAUGAUAUGAAUAAAAAACUUAUUCAGGGUAUUGAUCCUAUCGAAUUGGAUGAGAAGAUUAAUCAAUUAGAAGAAAAAUAUGCAGCAGAAAAAGAUGGAUUUGCAACUGAAGAAGAUGAUAGUGAAAAAGGUAGAUAAAUGGAAAUAGAAGAGCGAUAAAAAUAAUUCUAAAAAUAAUCAGACUUAUAAGGAUAAUAAUAAUAAUAAUCAUAAUAAUAAUCAUAAUUAUAAUAAUAAUCAUAAUUAUAAUCAUAUUAAUAAUAAUAAUAAAGAUAUUAAACCCCUUAAAAAUAGUCUUAACUUAGAUAAACUUCAGCAGAAAAAUCUGAGCAGGCAGUUAAUAGAAGGUAAAAUUGCAAUUACUAAUCGAUAAAUUCAAUUAUUAAUUAAUCAUAUGAGCUAAAACCUAAUAUUUAAGCAUCUGGGAUUACACAUUUUCAGAUAGAUUUAAUUAACUCAAAAAGAGAAUCAAGUAUUCUCAAAAGUCAUCCACAAUAAGGUUCCAAAGUAAUUAACCCCCCCAAAUAAUCAGAAAUAUAGAAAAUACCCAGAAAAAAAGAGUAAUUCAUGGCUGUCAAAGUAAAAGAUUAAAUGGAAGAAUCUAAUCAACUAAAAUAAGCUGAUGCUUUAAUCAGAAAUUCAAUUUUAGGUGCUCUAGCUGGUAGUGCAUUAGCUUUAAUUAUAUGA